AUGGAGAAAAUCAAUCGAAUAUGUUAUAUAUUUCUACUUGCGUAUUUACACCGUUCAGAAAGUUCGGCAACGCAAGAUAAACGGGAAAUAGCAUCAGGACAAAUACCGGUUCAUCACACAUACUCAGAGUUCCACAGAGGCGUUCCUAUACCUGUUCCUCAGCCAAUACCGUUUAGUGUUCCACGACCUGUGCCGUACACCGUACCGGUAGGCGUACCGGUAAUCCGCCCGCGACCUGUAUUAGUACCGGUACCUCAUCCUGUAGCGCAUAUUAUACCGCGUCCAAUAGCUGUGCCAAUUGAUAGGCCGUUUCCUUACCCAGUCGCUCAUCCCGUACCGGUUACUAUAACACAAGGCGUAGGAAUACCUGUCCCGCAACCGUACCACAUAUCAGUCCCAGCACCUGUGCCAGUGAGUGUGCCGCAUCCAGUGCCAGUAGCCACGGGACCUGUAGCUGCCAGUUUUGCUCUAUCCGGGCCAAUUUCCGGAUCGGUUAUAUCCGAACCGGUUUCCCCAGCAAUAGUCGGCACGGACACAGUAGUGACGUCAGCAGCAGAGUCUGCGCCGAUCGUACAAAGCCAGUCCAGCUACGGACAAACCGUGAUAGAAUCACAUGGUCAUAAUAUCGAACAUCCUUAUUAAUACUAAGAUUAUAUCGACGCUGGAAAGCAAACACGUAGUAACCUGCAAAACCAAAAGUGUUCUUCAGAGCACAAAAUCUUUUAUUUCUUUUCGAUAAAUAAUUCUUAUAACCGCCAAUGGUAAUAAAUAAGGUGUUCCUUAGUCAAUUUAUACGGAAAUAAGAUUUUAGUUUUUUAGAAAAAUGUAAAGAUUUUCCACUCCAAAUGUCCAUUUUGGUUUUGCAGGUUACUACGUGUUUGCUUUCCAGCGUCGAAUUGACAUCUUGUUUAAAAAAACAUAUACAAGUAUAAAGGCCCCACCAUAUUAUAA